AAGAAUAUCUGACUGAAAUCAUAAGAAAGCAUCUCUAUUCCAACUUUUUUUUCUCUACACAUUUUCUCUCAGACAUGUGUUUUUCCCCUCCAAUGAUCUUUCUCCAUCUUACCGCAAUUUUCUUAUUUACAAGGUAGGAGAGAUGAUACGGUUCUAGGCAUGAGGUGGAGGUGGGAGCUGCUGAGGGAAGGAGAUGGCAAAAGAGUUUCAUGCCAGUAGCACCUGCAGUUUUGAUGCAGAUGGUUCUGGACAGAAAGAAGGAACAAGAUGAUUUGCUUAAAGAUGCUGAGCUGAAGCAAAACCUUUAGAAUGCUUUUUAAAUACAGUAAAGGCAGCUUGAUUAUGCUGUCUUAAAAAAAACCAAAAACAACAAACCCUGAAACAAAAAACCCCAAACCAUUCCCUGCUAUCACUGAAACCCACUAGAUAUCCUGAUACUAUAGUAGGCUUUUCCUUCCCCUUUUUUACUUGUACCCUCAGUUAUGGGAACUACUUCCAUCCUUGCCGAAGAUCUCUGUAUUUUACAGUAGGUAGUCAAAACCCAGUUUGUCGUUUGUGCCAUGAAUUAAGAAAUAGUGUAACUGGUUUUUGAGUUAUUAAGCUUCCUUUAGCCCGCUCACAGUUUUAGCUUGCAAAGUUCCAGGUGUCCCUGUUAUUUGAGAUUCCUUUAUUUCCUCAGAAUGUGUAUCCUACUUGCAUGGCGUUCCCUCUGGCAUUGUCGUCCUUCUCAGACACUUGGAGCAGCUGUGUUAGAUGCACUGCUGCCACCGGACAGUUCCCUUUGGCAGCGGUUCCUGUUCCCAGUGUCGGUGGCUUUUUCAUGGUUCUGUGGUCUCCUGCGAUUUUAAAUAACCAGAAGCGGCGCAGCCAUGUGAAGCGAUAACCUCAUCUGCCAGCAUUGCCAUGUUGCUGCGUGGCUGCUCCAGUCUCUGCACAGUGGUUGGGGAAAGUUUCCUGCUAAUGACUGAACGCUGAAAGUACGACUUAUCCCAGAGAUGCCCUGUGGAGCCCAGAAGAUAGUUGGGGAAUUUGAUUUAUGGCUUAGAUAAUUACAGUUUGUGCAGCUUUUGAAACCAAGAGUACUUGCCAGCACAGCUAAGCUUUCAAAUACUGGUAGCUGAUGGAGUGCUUAAAUUCAGUUCUUGAGUUUCCAACACUGUCAAUGUCGGAUUCUUUCAUCUUGAAAUGUAUUUACAAAACCCUGCCUUGUUCUGUAGUGCAGCCAAAGCCUCUCUCCACUUUUUCCAGUGUGGCUAACACAGGUUUUGUUGGACCAGUUGAGGCUGCCUGACUCGUUUGGAAUUGAGAAAGUGAUUCUUCAUUAACAACCUCCUCUUUGUUUAUGCCUAGGCUCGGUAUUGUUUUGUCCUUUGACAACUCACUACAUGCUGAUGGGGCUUUAUCCCUUGGCCUUGAGUUUUGUGGUAGCUUUAUCAGCGGCUUUAUGAAAAUACAAAUAUUUGGUACCUUUCUUUUGUUUCUUUAUCAGGUGCUGUGCUGCUUUAUAGCUUAAAGGCACAGGAUGGGGGUAGGGAAAAGUUUGUGCUGUGUCUGCAGGUGGUGAUGAAGGGCUCGCAGGUCAGCAAGUCACAGGAAAGCUUCUGUUUGGGAUGAGUUGCGUUGGGCUUGUCUUUUCCGAGUAGAGUUUUUACUUCCCCUGGUACCGUAGCUGAUUGACGGACAUUACCCAUUUGUUACGGUUCUGCUGCUUGCCUUAGCUUACCCUGGAGGCUGCAUUGGGAAGGGAAGUCCUCUGGUUUUACGCUGUAGGUGUGAAUUUCACUGUGCACUGGAGCCCGGGGAUUACAGCUGGCUCUGGACCGCUGGCGAGUUCGUAGGUAUGCAAAUACCCAUGUCAGAACUCUGCCAGAAAAAACAAAUCGGCUCGAUGAACAAGUUCUGAACUUGUCCUUAAAAAAAAAUCAAAUAAAACUCAGAGUUCUGAGUGUAUAAUUUGUCAUGACUUGUCAAAGGUACAGGUGUAUCAUCUAAAUUGUAUAAUUUUGUGUCUUGGAGUAAAGGUACUGUUUUACAGAGGUGAAGUAGCUCAGUUUCUUUUAAGGUGGCAAUUGUUCAAAAUCUGUGAGUGGUUGAUUGGGUCUAAAGCUUUGUUUUGAGCAAAACAUGCUGAUAAACUGAAAUUAAUCAUAGCUGGAAAACAUUUUUCAAGUACUUUAAAUGUCCCUAUGGAGUAUUUGCAGCUGGAACAGGAGUCUGAGAAUACAGUUGAGCUGGAAGGGGCAUUCUGGUUUCUCUUAGUUGUUCAUGUUAAGAAGAAGGACAUGGCGUAGAAGAAAACCAGUUGAAGGGCUGCACCUAAUGCUGCUUGUGUAACAGCUCGAUUCCGAAACAAAAGAUUAAACUGUCUGAUAACUGGAUGUGUGGGAUAAUCGCUUGUGCAAUAACUUAUGGUGCUUGGUUGAUUCCAAAGGGUUUAUUGUGACUCUUGGUUGGUUGUUAGACCCUUUCAAAAGGCUGGCAACGUUGAUGUCAUGGCUGUUCUCCUGCAGCUGCUUUGGAGUGGCACAAUGGAAUGCUAAGCCUACGGGCUGUCCUUGUGGAAAGGAGGGAUGAACAUCAUGGGAGUGAUAAGGCUGUCAGCACAGUUUAUAAACCCCCUUCUUUCCUAGGGGGAAGGAACAACAAUAACUGCUGUCAUUUGUGAAACGGUUCUCCCUUGCAUCUCUGUGGUAACAGGCUGCCUGGCAGUUUGGUUUUAUCUGAUGGGGGAAAGAGGUGCUGAGUCAAAACGUUGUGCACCAAGUAGGAAGUUCUCACUGAAAGCGACUGCUUCCUCUGCUCACUUGGAAAUAGCAGCUCCUAACCUCCCCUUUUUUUUUUUUCCAAGUUUUAUGAGUUUUUUUCCACAAUGGGGGUGUUUCUCACAGAGCUUUUUUAUGCAUUGGCACACUGAAUUCUGUAUCAAGCAGUCGGUGUUUGUGUUUCACUAAGAAAUAGACAGAAGUCCGUUUGAGUAUUUCUUUAGGGAAGAGAAAGCAUGAAGAACAAUUACGGUCCCAUGCAGGAUUCAUUCAUUUUUUCCUGUCAGUACACUUUUUGGGUGAACAAUCAGCCUUCUCUGAAUCCAUGUGGUGGUGGGGAUUUUGGAUAGAUGCUACCCAUCGGCUCUCCACAAAGCUGCUGGAGCCACCCAGACUCAAAUAAGACAGGCUGAUUCACUGUUGCCUUGUGUUGCAGUUGAAGCAGUGGUGCCAUCGUGUCCUGUGCCCUGGGGAAGUAGUGACCUUGGAAGUCAGAAGGUUGUCUGACCUGGGAUCUCCUCUCCCUGGAGAGAUAUGGGGACAUGGGAAGUGACAGGGCCACACCGUGCUGUCUCCUUGUUCUUGGGGACUGAAAGCCUGUUUCUCUGCCUGCUUAGAGGUAAAUUCUGCUGCAUUGGCCUCGCCUGAGCAGGAGCAACUUUCACAUGAGGUUUUUGAAGUGUAAGAUGCAGUCACAUAGCUGUACGUGUUGAUAGUGGUGUCUCUCAUUGUUCUUCCAUGUGAAAAGAGCUUAAUCCUUGAUCACCAAAAUGCUUGGAGCCAGGCCUUUUUUCCUCACUGUUUCCCUGGGUGGAUAAACCCAUCCUAGCAUGGUGUGGGGAAAUCUUAGCUCAAAGUGACCCUUUGGGAAGGUUACCCAGCGAAUAAACCCAACUGUGACUUGCACCCCUGCUAUGAAAACAAAGGUUCUGGUUUAAUUCCUGCAGUGACACUCAGGCAUGUGAAAGGAAUACAAAUGUGCCUUUGUGUGCUUCGCGCUCUGUGCGCCUUUGUAGUACGAGGUGGCGGACGAGGAGCCUGCCUGGCGCGUUGUGCCUGCUUGCGGAGCCUGAGGAGAAGGUGCUGCGGAUGAUGAGAGCCUAAUUGCCAUCCCUGCAUCAGCAGCGUCUGGGCAGCAUCCUGGGAAUUGCCAGCCCUGCACUCGGAGCGGCUGAUCACAUGAGCCUGGAUGUUGGGUUCAGUUCAUUAGUCAGCCAUUUUGGUCACCACCCUGCCUACUGCGCACAGCCAAUCCUGCCGGCACCCGGCACUCGCUGCCCUGCCUCGCCUGCGGAGAGAGCGACUGCCACUUGGAUUCCAGCAAACCUGGAUCGCCGUCUCUUCAGGCUUCCUUUGUUUUGUCUUGGGUGAUCAUCAGGGGAAGCCAUUCUUUUCCCUCCUUCUGCUUUUUUUUCUUUUUAUAUUUUUAUUUUAACCUUUUUUUCCCCCUCAUUACCUGUCUUUGAUGCAGAAGCCAGGUUUUUUGUGGAUUGGUAGCCUCUGGCAUAGCUGAAGACGCCGACAGUCGGUGGAACCGAGGGAGGAAGAGGCGAGCGUGAAGGACCAGCAUUUUUACCUUGCUUUAUAUAUGAAAAGGCCAGAGCGGUCUGUGCGAUCCUGAGCACAUCUGUCCUUUAAUAGCAAGGUAUUUCUUAUUUUCUUCUUCAGAAAGCUUUUCUUUUCCGUUCUUAUUUUUCUCCCCCCGUUGUUGUUGUACCAGCUGAGUCAUCAUGUCUGCUCUGACGCCUCAAAGCGACAUGCCAACCCCCACCACAGACAAGAUCACUCAGGCUGCCAUGGAGACCAUCUAUCUUUGCAAAUUCCGAGUGUCGAUGGAUGGAGAAUGGCUCUGCUUGCGUGAGCUGGACGACAUCUCGCUGACACCCGACCCAGAGCCUACCCAUGAAGACUCUUGGGAGGAUUUGACUGAUGUGGUGGAGCAAUUGCGUGAUGAUACUGAAGAUCCUAAUUAUCUCAUGGCUAAUGAACGCAUGAACCUGAUGAACAUGGCGAAACUGAGUAUCAAGGGGCUGAUUGAAUCGGCUCUGAAUCUGGGCAGGACGCUGGACUCUGACUAUGCACCUCUUCAGCAGUUCUUCGUUGUGAUGGAACACUGCCUUAAACACGGCUUGAAAGGCAAAAAGACUUUUCUUGGGCAAAAUAAAUCAUUUUGGGGACCUCUUGAACUUGUAGAAAAACUUGUUCCUGAAGCUGCAGAGAUUACAGCGAGCGUUAAGGAUCUCCCGGGGCUGAAGACACCGGUGGGCAGAGGAAGAGCGUGGCUCCGCUUGGCUCUGAUGCAAAAGAAACUUUCAGAGUACAUGAAAGCCUUGAUCAACAGAAAGGAUCUUCUCAGUGAAUUUUAUGAGCCCAACGCACUGAUGAUGGAAGAAGAAGGUGCUAUCAUUGCUGGCCUCCUAGUAGGCUUGAAUGUCAUCGAUGCAAACUUCUGCAUGAAGGGAGAAGAUCUGGACUCACAGGUUGGAGUCAUUGAUUUCUCAAUGUAUUUGAAAGAUGGGAACAGCACAAAAGGCAGCGAAGGAGAUGGCCAGAUAACUGCAAUCUUGGACCAGAAGAACUACGUAGAAGAGCUCAACAGACAUUUGAGCGCUACUGUAAACAACCUACAGGCCAAGGUGGAUGCCUUGGAGAAAUCCAACACCAAACUGACUGAGGAGCUCGCGGUUGCAAACAACAGGAUUAUUACACUGCAAGAAGAGAUGGAACGGGUUAAAGAAGAGAGCUCCUACAUCCUAGAGUCCAACCGUAAGGUCGCUAAAGACAGAACUGCUGAUGGACAGGCACUGACUGAGGCACGGAAACAGUUAAAGGAGGAGACUCAGCUGCGACUGGAUGUGGAGAAGGAGCUGGAGGUGCAGAUCGGGAUGCGGCAGGAGAUGGAGCUAGCUAUGAAGAUGCUGGAGAAAGAUGUUUGCGAGAAGCAAGAUGCGUUGGUGGCACUCAGACAGCAGCUGGAUGAUCUCAGGGCCCUAAAGCAUGAACUCUCUUUCAAGCUGCAGAGUUCAGACAUGGGAGUGAAACAGAAGAGCGAAUUAAACAGCCGUUUGGAAGAGAAAACAAAUCAGAUGGCUGCCACCAUCAAACAGCUUGAACAAAGUGAAAAGGAUUUGGUGAAACAGGCAAAAACCUUAAAUAGUGCAGCAAACAAACUGAUCCAGAAGCAUCAUUAGACAUUUUUCUGUCUGGUCGCCUCACAACUCUGACAUCAGAACUCAUUUAUGAGGGGAGAACUUGAGAAUUGCUAAAAGCAACAGUUAAAAUGUUGUCACCUAAAGUUGAUUUGGCAUUUGCUGAAUUUUUAAAAUCAGUGAAUUUUUCUUCAGAGAUUUAGAGUCGGGUAUAAAAAUCCCUACCUUUAUCAUUUAAACCGUGUUGAAGUACCGAUGAGCUGGCCAAGAAACACACCAGAAGAGCCCAAGGAAUGGGAGAGGUGUGGCUCUGUACACCCCAGUGAUGCUUAUUGUAUACAGCCGCACGAGUCUUCCGCAUUUCUGGAUCCUAGGUGUGUUGGACAAGCCAACAUCAGGCUGGCCAGCUCUGGAAAGUUGGCUAGUUUUCUGUGUUACCCUUUUUGUGAAGUAGAUGACAAAACGCAUCCCUGGAAGUUGUUGAAAGUAGUCGUGUGCGUCCCCCAAGCUGUUACCCGUUCACUUCUGUUCUGUGGGUUCAGCCCCAAGUCUGAGCCAGACGGGCUCGAGUCGGUAGCUCGUUGCCGCUCAGACCAGCCCUCUUGUAACCAAGACUGCUCCUAACGAUUUGGCCUUAGUGACUUGGCGGGAGGGUGGGGACUUAGGACUUAUCCCUAUUCCUUUAAACUCCAUGUGUCCAGAAUUAGUAGCUAGGUGUCUUAGAGUAAAACGAUAGUGGUGAGUCCAGUGGAAACCUCCUUAUCUUUGCGUUGCCUUCUACCUCUGCCAUGAGUCCCUCCAGAAUAUAUGUUCUGGUUCUUCCCGACCUGAGGAAGCUGAGGAGAGGUGUUUUGGUAUAUCUCUCCUCUUCCCAGAAGGGCAAAGUACACGUUUUAUGAAAAAUAAUCUGAUUGUUAGUGUUGAAAAGAAACAAAACCAAGCAAAACUCAAGAAGAGAACAAAACAUGUGGCGGUGGGGAGUGGAAAUGGUCAUUUGGUUUUUGACUAUUCCUCGUCCAAGUAGUAAGUGAUUUAAAUGGAAGAGUUGCCUUUUACUAUUACACUUCCUUCUUUUGCUUCUGAUCUCCUGUUGCUCAAUACAAAUGGAAUUUGCUAAUCAAAGAACGGCUAAAGCCUGGAAAUAACUCCAAAUAGGUGAAGUAAUGGCCAAUUUAAUACCACAGUGCUACCAGCUGUAGCUUGGACUAUUAGAAACUAAUAUCCUCUUCCCUGGGGCCAUGUGAUCUCACUGUACCAGCCUUCCACAAGCUUUAGGCUGUGAGUGCUCCUAGAGAUGGUUUCUCUUUCCAGAAGAUCACUUGGGGGGUUUCUGUGUUGAAUAAGGAGUUUCUGUUUUGGUGAGGUGCCGUAGAAGUGCCCGUUCUCCCUUUGCCCUGCGUGAUGGUGCAUUUGGGCAGUGGGUGGCAGAUGGGACUGAGAAGCUGCUGGGGAGAGAACAGCUCUGGAUUCUCACUAGGUGCCCUUCAAAACCUGUGAGGCUUGGCCUAGUCCUCCAGGACGCAAGCGUCCACCACCUCUUAGCUCGUUGGAGGGACUCCUGCACACAGGCAGGCUGGGAGACCCGUGUCAAACCUCUACGCGAUGCCUGAGUCUCAUGCUUGAAAGUAUAUACUUAACCUGCAGUAACCUAUAACUAGAAAUGCGUUUUAACUGCCUGGAGUAAAAAAAAUCAGUAAAUGAAAAGGUGGACGCUUCCCUCCAGACAUCCAAACAGCAAGUUAGAGCAGUGACACACACCCCCCAACCUCUCCAGCAGGGCUUGGGCUGGCUUUGUUUGCUGUCACAGCAGCAGUAAAAUAAGACAGAAUUAAGGGCCUGGCCACUUCUGGUGUCAGGCCCGAAGCGGAAGCACUUUGGUGUCCGGACGCCUGGGGGCUUGAGCCAGAGGGUUAGCGCGUGAGAGAGACCAGGAAAAUGCACUAAUUCCCAAUACAGUAGCUAACCUGUCGCAAGUUCCAGUUACACGUGUAAAGCUGAAAUGUAACGUACAUUAAAAUCAAAUUUGACUUAAAAUUCUGUGUACUUGAGGUUUGCUUUGAAUCUGGAUAACAGUGAUGUUUUAUGUUUUCCAUCUAUUGGCUGUAAACUGUAGUAAUAGAAUAAAAAGAUUGAAAAUCAGAGCUUCUGCCUGGUUCACCUACAUUUUGCUUUGCUUUCAAGUGUUUUCCUCCUUUCCAUUGUUUUUAUCAUUCCUUUAUUUUUUUGGCUUUACCUUUUCACUGGGUUUUUAAUUUGUUGGUUAAACUCGGUCUUCCUCCCCACCAUGGCUUUUGUUUUUU